AUUCAACUACGGCUAUAAAAGACGUAAGGUGAACCAACAGCAUCACUGCUUAGUAGGCCCAUCAGCUGUUCAAAAGCAAAAUAUAAACAAAGACGAUGCCAAGAUAGAUUAACAAUGUUUUUGUUCAUCAGCCGCCCCACCCGGACGCUGGGCAACCGCAUGCAGGAGGUUCGCGAGCGUCUGGGUGCUGAUUUUGCUGCAAAACUUGAUGCACUGCACCGGAAUGCCCUACGCACUGGGCUAGUUUCUAUCGAGGAGCUGCAGGAGGCCUUCCGCAACACCCGCGACAUCGGCCACAAUCCCAAUCGGUUGAAUCUGCUUUGGCUACUGGGGAUUGUGUUCUUUAUCAUGGUGGCCACUCCGGUCUUUUAUGAGACCAUUUCAUUCUUGUUAGGCGUUCGCUGUUUUCUGCCCAAUAACUAUUUGGUUUGGGAAGCGACGCGUCCGAUAAGCGACUGCGAGUUCUGCAAGGGAGUGAAAGCCCCACUGAUCCUGUCGAAUCUCACCAUGGAGGAGUUUGCGCCACACGCCUAUUCUUCACUGCCGAUUAUAGUCAAAAAAGCGGUUGCUCAUUGGCCAGCUCAAAAACAACUGAGUUAUAGCUACAUCAAAGAUCUCUACGAGAGCUUUCCGGAAUCUAUGGAAACCGAUUGCCAAUUCCAGCAUUUUAAUUCUGAUCUCAAAUCGUUGAAGGAUGUGUGGGCCAUGUCGGAGGAAAGGUCAAACCUGAGUCAUGGAGCUCCAUGGUUCGUUGGGUGGAGUGUGUGUCAUCCCGGGGUUCUCGCAGAGCUCCGAAAGUUGUAUCCUCGUCCACACUUUCUGCCUGUGGACGCAGAAAUGCCGCACGCUGAUUUUAUUCUCAUGGGCUAUGAGCAGGGAGCUGUCAUGCAUCUGGACUACAUUCCUCGCCUGAUGUGGCAGGCCCAGCUGAAGGGCAACAAAAGCUGGUUUCUAGCGCCUGCCCCCGAAUGCGACCAUCAAUGCCAACCUUUAUCCUUUUACGUGGAGCCAGGAGAUGCAGUUUUGGUGGAUACACGCAUAUGGUACCAUGCCAACACCAUUCCCAAGGGUCAAUUUUCACUUACCGUUCAAUCUGAAUAUGGAUGA